UUAGGUCUGUUUGUCUGUUUUUCAUCCGGGCCGCCGUGGUUUCACGGACACAUCCAAGGUGAUCGACUGCGCGAGAAAUACGCGAGUUUAGCUGAAAGCGGCUACGAAGCACGCACCUUUCCUCGGACGUUUGUGAAGUGCGCCGCAAACGUCCGUAACAGCCGCCAUGGGCGAUCUGAGCAAGCUGCCGCACUCGGACACGGGUGGUGUGAAGCCCAUGAGCAUCGAAGGACGGUUCGCCAGCGAGAGGAGCCGUCUGAGCGGCGAGUUCACCGAUGCCGACCGCGCCUGGCGAAAGAAGUGGCUGGAAGACCAGCACCUGUCGCCCAACGAGCCCCGCAAAGUUCCCGAGCUUGAGAGGGCCCUCAAGAAUCCAUUCCGCCGCUUCUACCGGGCCCCGAUGAACGCCUUAUUCGCGCGAUUGGAACCCACGUUGGGCCCGUUGAUGACGCCCGCCUUCCGUUGGUUCGUGCCCAAGGUGUUCUUCGUUUACCUGGGCGGCCUGGUUCUGCUGUACAAUAUAAAGUACAACCCGCACACCUGGGAGCGUCAUAGUGGCUUGCUGGUGAGGACGUCGCGGCCCACCGUGUAUCCUGGCGACCCCGGCUGGCCCAAGGCGUCCGACAGGACCAAGCCGCAAGACUACGCGGACUACGGAUUCAACGACAGGAAAGUCCUGCGCAACAAUGUCUGAACUCGCCGAUCGACUCGCAUCUAGCGGCCUUAAUGAGUAUAAUAAACAAUAGCAAAGGUUUCA